AUGUCGCAUCUGCUCGCCUCACCUGACAUCACUCCUCCACCCUCCCCCAUACAUCCGCCUCACACCUUUCAAUGCCACAUGCUAUCGUCGUCGCUGCCGCCGUCGCUGCCGCCGUCGCCACCUCCACCCCCACAAGCACCACAUGCGCGCAUCACCACGAACUCCACAUCCACACUUGCCUCGCCACACAUUCGGUGGUCGCAGUCGGACGACAAGCCGCACACUCCACAUCACCUCCGCUACCACCACCUCUUCCAGCCACCCACACCGCUUGGUCGUGUCACGAAGAGUUCUCUGCCUCUGUGCUACUUGGAUCCGCGUGUAUCUGAUGAGUGGCGGUGGAGUUUAGCCCCCUCCUCCUCUCCUCCUUUGGCCUUUCUGCCUCCUGAUGCCUUCAUCGGUCAGGAGUGGUGCCCGUGGCCAGGAGGUUGA